UGGUUGUUUACCACACUUGAUAAUAAUUCCAGAUGCCAGUUAUUUGCCUGCAAUACAUAACCACGUCAAACCCCGAGGAACAGUACCUAUAGGAAUGGCGGGGCCCAAAAUCGCCUGCAUUGGCGUAAUUGGGAAAGCCGAUAACCCUUUGCACAUAACCCUUUUCCCUCCUCAUUUAAGUUCAACCAUCGAGUUUUCGUUUUUAUUGAAUUCAUCCCUUGAUAUAUUCGAGAUACGCCAGAAACAAACAUCAAUUGAUCAGGAUCUCGGCCUGUUACAUGCGGUUGAUGAGCGGUUAGCAUCCUACGGCUGGUUGACAACGACCGGAGUGAAGAUACUUAUCAUAGUUGAUUUGAUUGGAGAUGAAAAUCCAACCAUCAUGAAUGGGACUCAAGGAAAUACAAGGUCCGUCCUGAAAGAGAGUGAUCUAAAACCGGCUUUUCGAGCGUUGCAAACUGCCUACAUUCAACUUUUGCAGAACCCGUUUUAUUCACCAGAUGACCAAAGCAACACCACCAAAGGGGGUUUUCGAGCAGCCAACUCGCCCCAUAUCACAGACAAAAAGUUCAUCGCGGAAAUUAAUCGAAUUGGCAGUUCAUGGGUCCCAGGUAUAACAAGUUUCUAAAAUAAUCUCCUAGAUACUACAUAGUUUUUUCGUAUUACUCUCAACUUUACCGGCGGUGGACCUUUCUUUUGUGCAAAAAUAGGCAUAAUAGGGAGUUAACAUGCGACAUGUGGCAUCUCCUGCCUUGCUUUAUCCCAGUCACCAACACAGUUUCCAAGAAACCUUGAUCGAAGACGUGAUUAUACUCCCGUCAAAGGAUUCAAUUCCUUGACAUCCUCGAGUCCCCUCUUAGCCACCCAAAGAAGAAUUCCAAUCAGUGGACUCUGAUUAGUGUCAUCUUUCUGCGAAGAUCUCAAGUCGAGAGCAGCAUAAUCAUGGUACCCCGCCAUGAGAGGUCAAGAUAUCCUCUCCGGAGAGCCUGCGUACCCGUCUUUCACAAGGGCUGUUUUUUAAGGUCCAUAAAGGGAAUAAGGAAUUCACGUUAAGUAUCAGUUCAUAAUUCGCUAGAGCUAUAUUUACAAAGUUAAAUCCUAUGCG